GUGUGGAACAUUGCGUCAGUCCUGUACGAAGAAGUCAAGUAGCCAGUGUCCGUAUUUUAAAAUGAAGCUGAUCACCUUCGCUCUUGUACUAUGCUGCUUCUUAGACUUGGUCCUGCCAGAGUGCAAAACAGAAAUACCCGUGGCGAUAGAGGAGGAAGCCAACAGGGAAUGCAGGGCAAGAUUCGACAGGGAGUUCAACCCCACUGCUCCGGUACAACCUUCGCGUCCAGGGUUUCCGGACCCCGUCACGUCCAGGUGCUGUUACUUGCUGUACAGCAUCCACUGCCUUCCCGAAAUACUGGCAAGCAAAGGAUGUAAUUUUGAGAUUCUCGGAUAUUUGAUAGCACAGAAGAGCGAACGUGUGGCGCAAUCGUGUGCACGUACAGCAUGGCAAUGGGCCUGGAGGUGCUCUUCUGCUCAUGCUGGAAGGUGCGGCGGCAGAGAAACAAUAGCAGCGUCCGAAGCGGCGUGCUACGACCGAUAUCUAUCGUUAAAAGGUCUCCCUCCUGUCGAACCAGACCCGCAAGACAGCAGCCAUACCAAGGCUAAACGACGGUGCUGCGUUUUGGAAUUCAACAAAGUAUGUGUUCAGCAACAUCUAAGAUCAUUAGGAUGCACUGAUGAGUAUGGUACAAAGUACGCUGCGGAGCUACAGAAACAAAUAGAUGGCCCUUGUGGAACAUCGAACUGGAACUGUGCCGUUCCACCAGCGUGCACUGCUGACACAGUACACAAUGCGACAAAUGAUUGCAUCGUAAAAUAUUUGAUCGAGUACCUUCCAAAUGUCCCUGAUCCAGGGCCACGAGCUAGAGACAGGAGCCCAGAGGCGCAGAGACGGUAUUGCUGUGUAAUGGACUACAACAAGAAAUGUGUUCCGCAAUUGCUCCGCAGACAACUGUGCGGAGAAUCUCUUAUCAAUCAGUUCCUCAACCAAGUACAGGCUGAAUGUGGGAAACAGCUUUGGCGAUGCCCCGGGGAUACAACGUGUAACGAAUUAACACUGCAGGGAGCCGAAACUCAGUGCGCCGAAAAGUAUGAACAGGAACACGCCCUCCCUUCUGGAGGUCUAAUGUCCACCAAUGACAAACGAUACUGCUGCGUGUUGCAGUACAAGAAGGAUUGUGUUCCAGAAGAAUUGAAGCGAUACAAAUGUGAACAGCAGUUUACUGCAAAUUAUGUUACAAAGAUACAGAGUGACAUAAGAAACCAAUGUGGAGCAACGAACCUUGAGUGUGCCGUUUGUCCAAAAGGAUUACUAGAGAGCGCAAGGAGAGAGUGCAACAACACGUAUCGAAGGGAUAUAACUGCAUCCAUACUGCGUUGCUGUGUGUUCGAACACAGCAAGACUUGUGUUCCGGAGAUACUCAAAGGAAAAAAAUGUGAUGAGACGACUCUUCUUGAUGUGCACUCUACUGACAUCAAGGUUGAGUGUGGAACAUCUAAGCCAGUCUGCUUGGUGUGCAACCAAAAAGCUCUAUCCGAUGCCGCAGAUGUGUGCACCAAGAAAUAUUAUCAGGAACACGGCGUCGUUUCUCGAGGCCGUGUAUCCGGGGCAGAUAGCAGACGGCAGUGCUGCACUUUGGAUUACGAGAAGAGAUGUGUUCCACGCGAAUUAAGUCAAAAAGGAUGCAGGGAAGAAAUUUAUCAACCGUAUGUUGACAAGAUACGAGAUCAAAUGGAUGACCAAUGUCAAUCACCGUACUGGCACUGUGACCUUUGUCCUGCUGGAUUGCUAGCUAGUGCGAAGAGCACGUGCAACAGCAAUUAUCAGAAGAUACGAAACGCAUCCAAACUACAUUGUUGUGUGAUGGAAUAUAGCAAGACGUGUGUCCCAAAAAUUCUCAACGAAGAAAGAUGCGACGUGUCGUUUCAUAUUGAGCGGUUCCUCGAUGACGUCAAGGCUGUCUGUGGAGCAUCGAAGCUGAACUGUGGGUUUGUUACGGGGUGCAAUCAACAAACGAUAUCCGAUAUCGAAGGUGUGUGCACCAGAAUGUACCAACAGGAACACGGCUUCAUUUCUCGAGGCCUGAUGACCUUUGCCAAUAACAAACGACAAUGCUGCAUUUUGGACUACAAGAAGAAUUGUGCUCCAGAUCAAUUAAGACAAGAGGGAUGUGAUGAACAACAAGUUAGAGAUUAUGUUACAAAAAUAGAGAAUGAAAUGAGGAGCCAGUGUGCAGGAUCGAACUUGAACUGUGCCGUUUGCCCACAAGGAUUACUAGAGAAUGCAAAGAGUACCUGCCAAAACAAUUAUCAACAGGAUGAAACUGCAUCCCAACUGCAUUGUUGUGUGAUGGAAUACAGCAAGACUUGUGUUCCCGAGAUACUCAACAGGCGUGGAUGCGAUCAGACGUUUCUUCUGGAGCGCUUCAUCAGUGACGUCAACGCUGACUGUGGAACGUCGAAGCCCACCUGCGUGUCGUGCAAUCCAGAACAAAUAUCCAAUGCCGAAGGUGUGUGCCGGGGGAAAUAUGAAAAGGAACAACACGGCCUCACUUCUCGAGGCCUGAUGUCCGCCAGUGACAAACGACAGUGCUGCAUGCUGUACUACAACAAGAACUGCGUUCCAGAACAACUAAAACCAAAAGGAUGCAGUGAUCGAACCCUUCGAAACUAUGUUAGUAGGAUAGAGGACACAAUGAGAGUCGAAUGUACGACAUUGACGCCGUCCUGUUACGUUUGCUCCCAAGAAGUACUAAGCAGUGCAAAGCGUACCUGCAACGACAACUACCAACAGGAUCAAGCUGCAUCCCAAGAGCGCUGUUGUGUGGUGAAAUACCUCAGGACUUGCGUUCCGGAAAUACUCAAAAGAGAAACCUGCGAUGAGAAGGAUCUUCUUGAGCAGUUCAUCAAGGACGUCAACGCUGAGUGUGGAACAUCGGUGCCAGACUGCUUGGCGUGCAAUCAAAAAACAAUCUCCGAUACCGAAGAUUCAUGCAUCAGGAAAUAUCAACAGGACCAUGGCGUCGUUUCACGGGCCCCGCCAUCCGUCCAAGACAAACGACGGUGCUGCACUUUGGACUACAAGAAGAAGUGUGUGCCAGACCAAUUAAAACCAAAAGGAUGUAGUGAACAACUUCUUAAAAACUAUGUUGCAAGGAUAGAGAGUGACAUCAGGAACGAAUGCGCAGCAUCGAACUUAGAAUGUGGCAUUUGCCCUCAAGGACUACUACAGCGUGCAAAGAGCACCUGCACCAGCAAUUAUGAAAAGGAUCCAACUGCAUCCCGAGUGCAUUGUUGUGUUGUGGAAUACAGCAGGACAUGUGUUCCAGACAUACUUGAAAAACAAAGGUGCGAUGAGACAUAUCAUCUUGAGCAGUUCUUCAAGGAAGUUGAAGCUGAGUGUGGAACAUCGAAGCCAGUCUGCUUGGAGUGCAAUCCGAAAACAAUAUCUGAUGCCGAAGAGUUGUGCUCCUGGAAAUAUCAACGGGAUCAUGACGUCAUUUCUCGAGGUCUCAUGUCCGUCGAUGACAAACGAGUAUGCUGUAAGCUGGAUUACAAGAAGAAUUGCGUUCCAGCAGAAUUAAGACCAAAAGGAUGUGGUGAACAACUUCUUAACAACUAUGUCUCAAGGAUAGACGGUGAAAUUAGAAACAAAUGCACAGCAUCGAACUUGAUCUGUGGCGUUUGCCCUCAAGGAUUACUAGUGAGUACAAAGAAUACCUGCGACAACAAUUAUCGAAGGGAUCAAACUGCAUCUCAACUGCAGUGUUGUGUGAUGGAAUACAGCAAGACAUGUGUUCCGCAAAUACUCGAAAGACAGAGAUGCGACGAGACGUUUCUUGUUGAGCGGCUCUUCAGAGACAUCAACAGAGACUGUGGAACAUCGAAGCCCGUCUGUUUGAAGUGCGAUCAGAAAGCAAUAUCCGAUGCAGACGAUUUGUGCCUGAAGAAAUAUGAACAGGAACACAGCGUUGUGUCUCGAAAGCGGAGGUCCGACAACGACAAACGACCGUGCUGCAUGUUGGACUACAAGAAGUCGUGUGUUCCAGACGAAUUAAAACCAAAAGGAUGCAGUGAUCAACCCCUUCAGAGUUAUGUUGCGAAGAUAGAGAGUGACAUGAAAAAGCAAUGUACAACAACGAACUUGAACUGUAGCGUUUGCCCUCCAGGAAUACUAGACAGUGCAAAGAGUACCUGCUUCAACAAUUAUCAAAAGGAUCAAACGGCAUCUCUGCUGCAUUGUUGUGUGUUGGAAUACAGCAAGACUUGUGUUCCGCAAGUGCUCGGCAAACAAGCGUGCGAUGAGACGUCUCUUCUUAAGCGUUUCUUCGAGGACAUCAAAGCUGAGUGUGGAACAACGAAGCCUUCCUGUGUGGUGUGCAAUCAAAACACAAUAACCGAUGCUGAAAAUUUGUGCUUGAGAAAAUAUCAACAGGAACACGGCAUCAUUUCUCGGGGCCUGAUGUCCACCAAUGACAAGCGACUGUGCUGCACGUUGGACUACAAGAAGAAUUGUGUUCCAGACCAGUUAAGGCCGAAAGGAUGUGGUGAAACACUUCUUCAAAAUUAUGUCACAAGGAUGGAGAAUGAAAUGAGAACUAAGUGUUCGGCAUCGGACACCAUGUGUGCCGUUUGCCCUCAAGGAUUGCUAACCAGUGCAAAGAGUACCUGCAACAACAAUUAUGAAAAGGAUCCAACUGCAUCGAAGCUGCAUUGUUGUGUGUUGGAAUACAGCAAGACCUGUGUUCCGGAAAUACUCGAUGGACAAGGAUGCGACGAGACGUUUCUUCUUGAGCGGCUCUUCAGUGAGAUCAACGCUGACUGUGGAACAGCGAAGCCAGUCUGUACGGGGUGCAAUCCAACAACAAUAGCCGAUGCUGAAGAUGUGUGCUUCAAGAAAUAUCAACAGGAACGCGGCACCAUUUCUCGGGGCCUCAUGUCUAGCAAUAACAAACGUUUGUGCUGCACCUUGGACUACAACAAGAAAUGUGUUCCAGGCCAACUAAAACAAAACGGAUGUGGUCAACAAAUUCUUGAACAGUAUGUUGCAAAGAUAGAGAGUGAAAUGAGAAACCAAUGUGCACCAUCGGACUCUACUUGUGCCACGUGUCCUGCAGGACUACUAGCCAGUGCAAAGAGUACGUGCAACGACAAUUAUCUGAAGAUGCAAGACGUGUCCAAAGAGCAUUGUUGUGUGAUGGAAUACAGCAAGACUUGUGUUCCGGAAAUAUUCGAAAGACAAAGUUGCGAUGAGUCGUUUCUUCUUGAGCGGCUCUUCAACGACAUCAACGCUGAGUGUGGAAAUGUGAAGCCAGUCUGCAACGUUCCAACAGACGUUCCAGGCGACGCCACGUCUAAGUGUCCUGACGAAACGUUAUCCGUUGUGCAGAGUGCGUGCCAACUAAAGUUUUUGAAGGAACACGGCCUCACUGCUCCCCCUGAGUACGUGAAGACUGAGGCGAACAAAUGGUAUUGCUGUAUGAUGCAGUUCAUCCUGACUUGUCUUAAGGACACGCUGAAACAACACUCAUGCAAUCCCGGAGAUAUUGUUCCGACGUUCACCAAGAAAGUUGAGUCUGAGUGUGGAACGUCCAAGGUGUCAUGCCCUUCCCAGUGCAGUAGCAACGCAUUAUCCCAUGCCGAGUCCGUGUGCGAGGAGAAAUAUCUGCGUACCCAUGUGGUGAGCAAACCAGAAAAGAACGACCCAGAUUUUCAGAAACGUCGAUGCUGUAUAAUGGAAUACAGCCAGACUUGUCUCCCGGAGCCACUCAAACAAAAAGGAUGCGAUGACACAGGUUAUGUUCAGCUCUACAUCCAACAAUUUCAUGCUAAAUGUGGGACAUCCAAGUUGGACUGCGUCGCUAAACCGUAUUGCGACCCAGAAACAAUAUCUAAAUUCGACAACGACUGCGCCGCAAAAUAUAAGAAGUUGUAUGGCAGUACUACGCCAAAACCUGAUGAGAAGAAAGAGCCUGCGAGUCUGACCCCCGAGAUUGACAAGCAACUGUGCUGUUCCUUGGAAUACAGCAAGAGUUGCGUUACGGGAGUGCUAAAAGACAAACACUGCAGUGAUGAGAUCAGCGCGUCUUUUCUUGAACAGAAAAAGAAGCUAAUGGCAAAUCAGUGUGGAGCGUCGAAACUGGAGUGUGAUUUUGAGAACAAGAGCGCUGAGUUCAGGACACUUUCAGCGUGGACUCUAGCAGCAGCCGUCGUGGUGGCGUUUGUGAUGAAUGUAGUGUGAUAUCAGUGGUAGUGAAGACAGGGCUCUGCUGGCUGCCAUUUCGCUCGGUCGUGGCAGUUGGUCGCAAUAAAUAUAAACUGUAAAUAUAAAUAAUUUGUGAAUAAAUAUAAAUAUUGUGUGAAUAAAUAUUGGUGUGUGACCGA